AUGGAUUUGCGCUCCUGGGUAUCAGACAAUACCCUCAAGCUUCUCGGGAUGUCCGAAAGAACGAUAGUCGACUACAUAAUCGCGGAAGCACAAUCCUCAAAGGGUAAGGAUUCCUUGUACGAAAAGUUGAAUCACCUGUUCCCCACCACGGAAGCCCGGCUAUUCAUCGAAGAGCUAUUCGAUCGUGUCCCUCACAAAGACUCGACCCAAUCGGCUAACUCUUCCACUAAACGAAAAAGGAAAGAACAAGAGGCGAAAAACUUGAUUGAAAGUACAAAGUCCUAUAAAUUCGUGCAAGAUGUAGACCUCGACGAUGAUAAACACUUGUCCAAAAAAUCAAAAAAGAAGAAAAAUUUGCGCAAAAAAGACUCGAAUGAUGAUUGGGGGAGCGAUUCCGAAGGAAAAAAAGAAGUAAAUCAAAAGGAGAUAGAAUCUGAAGACGAAUAUACUAAAGAAGAAAAAGAGAGGAUUCAGGAUCUUAAAGAAAGGGACGAAUUUGCUAAGCGAUUGAGAGAUAAGGACAAAGAAAAAGUUAAAAAGCUCGUGGAAGAUCGAUCGUCAAAAGCAGAGAGUGAAGCUGCUAAGCGUCGGAACCUCGCUGAUGAUUCAGAGGCGCGUAAGCAAGUAUUGCCGGAUAUUCGAGAACGCUCUCGCCAAGAAUAUUUAAAAGAUAGGACCGAUAAACAAUUGAAAAUGUUGGAAUUGGGGAUACUGGAUGAAGAAACUUUUUUUAAAGAUGAAAAACUAACGAAGAAUGAAAGAAGAAAUUUGGAAUCAAAAAAGGAGAAAUUCGGAUUGAUACAAGAGAGGCUUCGUUUGUCGGCCAAAGAUGACGGAUAUGCAAUGCCAGAAGAUUACAUAACAGAGAAAGGAAAAAUUGAUAAGAAAAAAAAAGAGUCUGUUUUGUAUCAGCGAUAUGAGGAAGAUCGUGAUCCGAAUAAACAUGUUACGGAACAAGAGCAGUGGGAGAAAAAUCAAAUAGACAAGUCCCAACUUAAGGUUGGAGCUCGGGACAAAAUCAAGGAGGAAGAUGAAUAUGACUAUGUUUUCGAUGAUCAGGCGAUUGAUUUCCUGGAUUGGGAUUGGAAACUGAAUAACAAGGAUGACGAAGUUGUUGCUCGAAUCGAUGAAGCUGAACGAAAAGCAAAAUCGAUCGAAGAGACUCGAAAAUUCCUACCCAUUUAUUCUUUUCGUGAGGAAUUACUUAAUGCAAUAAAUGACUAUCAAGUUUUGGUAAUUGUUGGUGAGACAGGUUCAGGAAAGACAACACAACUUCCACAAUAUUUGUCUGAGGCAGGUUAUACCAAGGGAGGCAAAAAGAUAGGUUGUACUCAACCAAGGAGGGUAGCAGCCAUGAGUGUCGCUGCGCGUGUAGCCGAAGAAAUGGGAGUUAAACUCGGAUAUGAGGUAGGAUACUCUAUUAGAUUCGAAGAUUGCACUACUGAAAAAACGAUCAUAAAAUAUAUGACGGAUGGUAUGCUGCUUCGCGAGUUUUUGACCGAGCCACUACUGGAUGGUUAUAGUUGUCUGAUCAUUGAUGAAGCGCACGAGAGAACUUUGCACACCGACAUUCUAUUUGGUCUAGUUAAGGAUAUUGCUCGAGUUAGACCUGAUCUUAAGCUUUUGAUUUCUAGUGCUACUUUAGAUGCCAAAAAGUUUGCUGAUUACUUUGAUGAGGCACCCAUUUUCAACAUCCCUGGAAAACCUUAUCCAGUACAAGUUUGCUAUACCAAAGCACCUGAGGCAAAUUAUGUAUCAGCUGCUAUUACUACCGUCAUGCAAUUGCACAUAUCUCAAAAGAGCGGUGAUAUAUUAGUUUUUCUUACGGGUCAAGAUGAAAUUGAAACAGUUCAAGAAAGUUUGCAACAAGCGUGUAGAGUUCUCGGAAGCAAGAUACGGGAAUUGAUAAUAUGUCCUAUUUAUGCGAAUCUUCCUCCUGAUAUGCAGUCCAAAAUAUUUGAACCAACGCCACCUGGAGCACGGAAGGUCGUCUUGGCCACUAAUAUCGCUGAAACUUCCAUUACGAUUAACGGUGUAUCGUUUGUAAUCGACCCCGGUUUCGUCAAACAAAAUAAUUACAGUCCAAAAACACGAAUGGAAUCCCUAUUAGUAGUUCCUUGUUCGAGGGCAUCUGCGGUCCAGAGAGCUGGUAGGGCCGGACGCGUGGGCCCGGGUUUCUGUUUCAGGCUAUACACCAAACACGCGUUUGCCAAUGAACUAGAAGAAAAUACAAUUCCCGAGAUCCAAAGGACUAAUUUGAGUAAUGUCGUUUUGACUCUAAAGAGUAUAGGAAUUAAUGAUGUGAUGAAGUUCGAGUUUAUGGAUCCUCCUCACGAACAAGCUUUAAUUUCGGCGCUUAACGAUUUGUAUGCGCUUGGUGCUUUAAACAAUAACGGUGAACUGACGAAACUGGGGCGGCGCAUGGCCGAAUUCCCUCUGGAUCCAUUCCUAUCCAAGAGUAUAAUAUGGUCGGAAAAAUAUCAUUGUACAGAUGAGGUUAUAUCGAUAAUUAGUAUGCUUACUGUACAAGGCUCUGUAUUUUAUCGUCCUAAGGAUAAGAAGUUUCACGCGGAUAAAGCUCGUCAAAAUUUUGUUCGUCCCGGAGGCGAUCAUUUUACUUUGCUUAAUGUAUGGGAACAGUGGGUUGAUACCAAUUAUUCAAUGGGCUGGUGCUAUGAAAAUUUUGUAGUCUAUCGUUCCAUGGCACGAGCAAGGGACGUUCGUGAUCAGCUAGCCGGCCUUUGCGAACGUGCCGAGGUAGAUCUGGAAUCAAAUCCUAAUCCCGGAGAUAUAGUGCCGAUUCAAAAGUCAAUUGUAUCAGGAUUUUUCAUGAAUGCCGCUCGUAUUUCCCGCUUCGGAGACUCUUACCAGAAAGCCAAAUAUGGAGAUUCUGCAAGAACAAUACAUGUUCAUCCGAGUAGUUCACUAUUUGAAGUUAAUCCAAAAUGGGUCAUCUACUAUGAAUUAGUAUUGACUAGUAAAGAGUAUAUGCGCCAAGUUAUGGAAAUUCAAUCCGAGUGGCUAAUAGAAGCUGCCCCAUACUAUUAUUCGAAAACGGAACUGGAUAAGCUAGAAGACAAAAAGAAAAUGCCAAAGAAUCGACAAGCCACACAAUCCACGGUUACGAUAUGA